AUGCGGGCUCCUCAGUCUGCCUCUCGCCGUCGGCGUCCUGCAGCGGCCACUUCCGUUCCCCUCCUCGGACCCCAUCUCGGCAGCGCAAGGGAUCCGGUUGUCAGCAGCUCACCCCGCCCGCUCAGCCGCUUCCCGUCUCCGGAGGAUCGAGAGACCCGUGAGUGGGCAUACACCAGCUCACCCUACCUCUCCUCUAUCGCCAGCGGGUGUUUUCCGGAGUCUGCGCUCUCCGCGCAGGAGACCAGACGACCAUCACCCUCACCGGAGUCUGCGCUCUCCGCUCAGGAGACCAGACGACCGUCACCCUCAGCAGGCUCAGGACUCUGCUGGGAGCCCACUGUCAUACCCGGACACUUUCUACAUAAGGACACAUUCAACAAAAUAUGCCUUCAAGCACAAGAAUUAAAAUGCCUCAAACUAAAAAGCCAGAAAAGGAGUCAGAACAACACUCUACACAACGCUGUGUUACUGGGAAAGAAAAACAAAGCUGAAAAUAGCACCACCGACAAUCUUCCAGUUUAUGAUCCAAACAUCCCAGAGCCGACGACCAGAGCCGAGAUGAUCAAAUACUGGAUCAGUCUUUCAUUGGACAAUAAAACUGCAAAUAAAGUACUGUGGCUGGCAGAGGGCGGGACUAAAGUGGCCCGCCUGAAGACUGAGGUGUGUCCUUGCCUGGAAAGGCCGGAAAGAUUUGAACACUACCCACAGGUGCUGUGUAAGCAGUCGAUCUUUGCAUCUCGCUGUUAUUGGGAGGUGCUGUGUACAGGUUGGGUGGUUAUAGGUGUGACGUAUGAAGAUUCUGCCAGGCGGGGGGCUCCUUGUGGUCUAGGGGAUAAUGAGGCAUCGUGGGCACUGGGUUGGGACGGUUCCUGUUACGAUGCCUGGCACAACGGAAUUAGCACGAGGAUUUCAGACGUGCCUCAUUACAGCACUAUAGGGGUGUACGUGGAUCAGCCGGCUGGCCUGAUCUGCUUUUAUGCAGUGGAAACUGAAGAAAAUUCAGAGAGAAAGGAAUUGAAACAAAUUUACAGGUACGAGAAUCCCAUAAAUAAGUCAGUUGUGCCAGGUUUCUGGAUGGGAAGAGAGUCGUCCUGUUUAAUCCUCAAGAAAGAGGAAUAAGAUGGGCGGAGACUAAAUUAAACAAGGGUCAGAGUGAAAGUUAUGGAUUCAGUUGUAAUU